UGCGCCCGGCCGCGCGCGAGAACCUGCGUCUAGCGAACGCGCUGGGAGCGCCCCGGGGCCGGGGAGCGCGCCUCGCAGAUGACAACAAAUUGGUCGUGUGGCGGCGGUGGAGGUGUCUGCCUCAGCCCCUGCCGCCUGCCUCGCGCUGUCUUGCACCCUCUCUUUGGGCGGACGGAGACCCCCGGAAGCCGCCGGGCCUGGGGCGACCGGCACUCCUCAGCGCCCGGUGUCCGCCGGGCCUAGCGCGAGCGGCGCGGCGCGGGCGAUGGGGUCGCCCUGAGGGACCGCGGCGCCGAGCGGGCAUGCAGGGGCCGCCCAGGGCUUAGACCCGCCGCGGCCUGGGCUCGCCGGCCGCACCCGAGCGCCGCCGCCCCCGGAGCCCGGCCUCCGCGCGAGGCCGGAGCCGCCGCCGCCGCCGCCGCCGCCCGCAGCGCCCCCGGCCCAGCUACCAGCCCUCAUCAUGCCGUGGCCGUUUUCGGAGUCUAUCAAGAAGAGGGCCUGUCGGUACCUCCUGCAGAGGUACUUGGGCCAUUUCCUGCAGGAGAAGCUGAGCCUGGAGCAGCUCAGCCUGGACCUGUACCAGGGCACCGGCUCCCUCGCCCAGGUCCCCUUGGACAAAUGGUGUCUCAAUGAAAUCCUGGAGUCAGCAGAUGCACCUUUAGAAGUCACUGAAGGAUUUAUUCAGUCAAUUUCUCUGUCAGUUCCGUGGGGCUCCUUGCUACAGGAUAAUUGUGCACUGGAAGUAAAAGGGUUAGAAAUGGUCUUCCGACCUAGACCUCGCCUAGCAACUGGUUCUGAGCCUAUGUAUUGGUCAAGUUUCAUGACUAGCAGUAUGCAACUGGCAAAAGAGUGUCUUAGCCAGAAAUUAACAGAUGAACAAGGAGAAGGAUCCCAGCCUUUUGAAGGACUUGAAAAAUUUGCUGAAACCAUUGAAACAGUACUAAGAAGAGUAAAAGUCACUUUUAUAGACACUGUUUUGAGAAUUGAACAUGUGCCAGAAAAUUCCAAAACUGGAACAGCCCUUGAAAUUCGAAUAGAAAGAACUGUAUACUGCGAUGAAACUGCUGAUGAAUCCUCAGGAAUUAAUGUACAUCAGCCCACAGCUUUUGCUCACAAGUUACUUCAGCUCUCUGGAGUGUCUCUCUUUUGGGAUGAGUUUUCUGCAUCAGCAAAAUCUUCCCCAGUGUGUUCAACUGCACCAGUGGAAACUGAGCCAAAGCUGUCACCUAGCUGGAACCCUAAAAUUGUUUAUGAGCCACACCCACAAUUAACUAGAAAUUUACCAGAGAUAGCACCAUCUGAUCCAGUGCAAAUUGGUGGGUUAAUUGGUAGGUUGGAGUUGAGUCUCACAUUGAAACAGAAUGAAGUACUUCCUGGAGCUAAGUUGGAUGUCGAUGGACAGAUAGACUCUAUUCAUCUAUUCCUGUCACCAAGACAGGUACACUUGCUUUUGGAUAUGUUGGCAGCUAUUGCUGGACCAGAAAAUUCUAGCAAAAUAGGAUUAGCUAAUAAAGAUAGGAAAAACCGACCUAUGCAGCAGGAAGAUGAGUAUCGAAUUCAGAUGGAAUUAAACCGGUAUUAUUUGAGGAAAGAUUCCCUGUCUGUGGGUGUAUCUUCAGAGCAAAGCUUUUAUGAGACAGAAACGGCUCGUACACCUUCUAGCCGUGAAGAAGAAGUUUUCUUUUCCAUGGCUGAUAUGGACAUGUCCCAUAGUCUCUCUUCUCUUCCACCCCUUGGGGACCCACCAAAUAUGGAUCUGGAGUUAUCACUAACUAGUACAUACACUAAUACCCCAGCAGGAUCUCCAUUAAGUGCUACUGUGCUUCAGCCAACAUGGGGAGAGUUCCUUGAUCAUCAUAAAGAACAGCCAGUGAGGGGGUCUGCAUUUCCAUCCAACCUUGUUCACCCGACAUCUUUGCAGAAGGCUGCUCUCCCGUCUAGAUCUGUUUCAAUGGAUGAAUCCAGGCCUGAACUUAUUUUUAGACUAGCUGUUGGAACUUUUUCAGUCUCUGUGCUUCACAUUGAUCCUUUAUCUCCACCGGAAACGUCACAGAACCUCAAUCCAUUAACACCUAUGGCUGUAGCUUUCUUUACUUGUAUAGAAAAGAUGGAUCCAGCAAGAUUUUUGACUGAUGAUUUUAAGUCUUUCCGAACAGUAUUUGCAGAAGCUUGCUCACAUGAUCACCUUAGAUUUAUAGGUACUGGCAUCAAAGUAGCCUAUGAACAAAGACAAAGAUCAGCCUCCCGGUAUUUUAGUACUGAUACAUCCAUUGGGCAGAUGGAGCUUUUGGAGUGUCUGUUUCCAACCGACUGUCAUUCUGUUCCUCCUCACUACACAGAGCUUUUAACGUUCCAUUCUAAAGAAGGAACUGAUGCCCACCCCCCUGUGUGUCUUCAGCUUCAUUAUAAGCAUUCUGAGAAUAGAGGACCCCAGGGCAGUCAAGCAAGACUUAGUUCAGUUCCUCAGAAGGCAGACUUACAAAUUAAAUUAAAUCCAGUAUGUUGUGAACUGGAUAUCAGUAUUGUGGACCGGUUAAAUUCCUUGCUUCAACCACAGAAACUUACUACAGUAGAGAUGAUGGCAUCUCAUAUGUAUACUUCAUAUAAUAAGCAUAUCAGUCUGCACAAGGCUUUCACUGAAGUAUUUCUAGAUGAUUCACACAAUCCUGCAAAUUGUCGGGUAUCGGUACAAGUUGCUACUCCAGCAUUAAAUCUUUCUGUUCGUUUCCCAAUACCUGAUCUUCGGUCAGAUCAAGAAAGAGGACCUUGGUUUAAGAAGUCACUUCAGAAGGAGAUCCUUCAUUUAGCAUUCACAGAUCUGGAAUUUAAGACAGAGUUUGUAGGAGGCUCAACCCCAGAACAAGUUAAAUUGGAGCUUACCUUUAGAGAACUAACUGGGUCAUUCCAGGAAGAGAAAGGGGAACCAUCUGUUAAAUUUUUCCAUGUGUCUGGUGGAGUAGAUGGAGAUACAGCAUCGUCAGAUGACUUUGACUGGCCACGAAUGGUACUGAAAAUAAAUCCCCCAGCCAUGCAUUCCAUUUUGGAGAGAAUAGCAGCUGAAGAGGAGGAGGAGAAUGAUGGUCACUACCAGGAAGAGGAGGAAGGAGGUGCUCAUUCUCUGAAAGAUGUCUGUGACCUAAGGAGACCAGCCCCAUCUCCUUUUUCUUCUCGUAGAGUCAUGUUUGAAAAUGAACAGAUGGUGAUGCCAGGAGACCCUGUAGAAAUGGUAGAGUUUCAGGAUAAAGCAAUCAGCAAUUCUCACUAUGUGCUGGAACUUACGUUACCUAAUAUUCAUGUAACACUACCUAAUAAGAGCUUUUAUGAGAGACUUUAUAAUAGGAUCUUUAAUGACUUGCUACUGUGGGAGCCAACAGCUCCUUCACCAGUGGAGACAUUUGAAAAUAUUUCCUACGGUAUUGGGCUUUCAGUGGCCAGUCAACUGAUUAACACUUUCAACAAAGAUAGUUUUAGUCCAUUUAAAUCUACAGUUCACUAUGAUGAAGAAAGUGGAUCUGAAGAAGAGACUUUGCAAUAUUUUUCUACUGUUGAUCCCAACUAUCGUUCCCGUAGGAAAAAAAAAUUAGACUCUCAGAACAAGAACUCUCAGAGUUUUCUCUCAGUUCUUCUGAAUAUUAAUCAUGGAUUAAUGGCAGUGUUCACAGAUGUAAAGCAAGAUAAUGGAGACCUACUGGAAAACAAGCAUGGUGAAUUUUGGUUAGAGUUCAAUAAUGGUUCAUUAUUUUGCGUGACAAAGUACGAAGGUUUUGAUGACAAGCACUACAUUUGCCUUCAUUCUAGCAGUUUCAGUCUGUAUCACAAAGGAAUAGUAGAUGGAGCAGUUCUUCCUAUGGAAACACGACUUCCCUGUUCAACUCGCCCGCAUUGGUUGGAACCUACUAUUUACUCUUCUGAAGAAGACGGCCUCAGUAGAGCUGCUUCAGAUGGUGUUGGAGGAGACAAUUUGAAUAUGCUCUCCAUUGCAGUUAAAAUACUGUCGGAUAAAUCAGAGUCUAAUACAAAGGAAUUUCUCAUUGCUGUCGGACUGAAAGGAGCCACACUCCAGCACAGAAUGCUUCCUUCUGGGCUUAGCUGGCAUGAGCAGAUUUUAUACUUCUUGAAUAUUGCUGAUGAACCUGUUUUGGGGUAUAAUCCUCCAACUUCAUUUACAACUUUUCAUGUUCACCUUUGGAGCUGUGCACUUGAUUACAGGCCCCUUUAUUUGCCAAUCCGAUCUCUCCUUACAGUUGAAGCGUUCAGCAUUUCUAGUAGUGUUGCAUUGGAUAAAUCGUCUUCUACUCUCAGAAUAAUCAUGGAUGAGGCUGCUUUACAUCUGUCUGACAAAUGUAAUACUGUCACUGUGAAUUUGAAUAGAGAUUAUGUUCGUGUGAUGGAUAUGGGGCUUUUAGAAUUAACCAUAACUGCAGUGAAAUCUGAUUCUGACAGAGAGCAAACUCAGCCUCGCUUUGAGUUGCACUGUUCGAGUGAUGUUGUCCACAUCAGGACGUGUUCAGACUCCUGUGCGGCUCUGAUGAAUCUCAUUCAGUACAUUGCAAGCUAUGGUGACUUACAUGCACCUGGCAAGGCGGAAAGGAAACCUGGAGCCCCUCAGAGGAAGUCCAAGAUAGGUUCCUCUAGUGGAUCAUCCUCACGUGGUCCCAUGCUUCCUGAAGCAGAUCAGCAGGUGUUACGAGAUCUGAUGAGUGAUGCUAUGGAGGAGGUCGACGUGCAGCAGGCCACCGCAUCCGUAAAACCACAGGCUAAUGGUUUUUUGGAUGAAAAAUCUCAAAUUCAAGAACCAUGUUGUUCAGACCUUUUCCUGUUCCCAGAUGAGAGUGGAAAUGUGUCCCAGGAGCCUGGCCCCACUUAUGCCUCUUUCACUCAUCACUUGAUUAGCGAUGCAAUGUCAGGUGUGCCCACUGAAAAUGAUGACUUUUGCAUUCUUUUUGCACCAAAAGCAGCCAUCCAGGAGAAGGAAGAAGAACCAGUCAUAAAAAUCAUGGUUGAUGAUGCAAUUGUGAUAAGAGACAACUAUUUUAGCCUACCUGUUAAGAAGACAGACACCAGCAAAGCCCCUUUACACUUUCCCAUUCCUGUAAUUCGAUAUGUCGUUAAGGAAGUUUCUCUUGUGUGGCAUCUUUAUGGAGGCAAGGAUUUUGGGACAGUUCCUCCUACUUCUCCAGCUAAAAGUUACAUUAGUCCCCACAGUUCGCCUUCUCACACACCCACAAGACAUGGACGUAAUACAGUAUGUGGGGGGAAAGGAAGGAACCCUGACUUUUUAAUGGAAAUACAGUUAAGCAAGGUGAAGUUUCAGCAUGAAGUUUACCCUACAUGCAAAGCAGAAUGCGAUUCUAGCCUCUUAGAACAACCAGUCUCUCGGCAGGUGUUCAUUGUUCAGGAUCUUGAAAUUCGAGAUCGUCUGGCAACAUCACAAAUGAAUAAAUUUUUGUACUUGUAUUGCAGCAAAGAAAUGCCUCGAAAAGCUCAUUCCAACAUGUUGACAAUUAAAGCAUUGCAUGUGCGCCCAGAGUCUGGCAGGUCACCACAGGAAUGCUGCUUGAGGGUAUCACUGAUGCCACUUCGCCUCAAUAUUGACCAGGAUGCCUUGUUCUUCCUGAAGGAUUUCUUCACAAGUCUUUCAACAGAAGUGGAGCUUCUACUGACUCCAGAUCCAGAAGUCAAAAAGUCUCCUGGAGCUGAUGUCACCUGCAGUUUGCCAAGGCAUUUGAGUAUCUCAAAGGAGCCAAAUCUAGUUCUUUCUUUCCCUGGGCCAAAACAACCUUCCCCAAACGAUAGUGCCAGUUCAGUGGAGGCAGUUAAUGGAGCAGAGGAAAAGGACUUCUCAGCGGAAGAAGCAUCAUUUAGUGAUCAGCCUGUGUUUUUUAGAGAAUUCAGAUUCACGUCAGAAGUUCCUAUUCGACUUGAUUAUCAUGGCAAACACGUAUCAAUGGAUCAGGGUACGUUAGCUGGGAUUUUGAUUGGUCUGGCCCAGUUAAACUGCUCGGAGCUAAAACUGAAGAGGCUUUUCUAUCGGCAUGGUUUGCUAGGUGUUGACAAAUUAUUCUCAUAUGCAAUCACUGAAUGGCUCAAUGACAUUAAGAAGAACCAGCUACCAGGAAUCCUGGGAGGCGUUGGGCCUAUGCAUUCACUGGUACAGUUAGUACAAGGUCUAAAGGACUUGGUGUGGCUACCAAUAGAGCAGUACCGGAAGGAUGGCCGCAUUGUCAGAGGGUUCCAGAGAGGUGCUGCUUCCUUUGGCACCUCAACUGCAAUGGCUGCUCUGGAGCUCACGAACAGAAUGGUCCAAACCAUACAGGCAGCAGCAGAGACUGCUUAUGACAUGGUAUCUCCUGGUACUCUUUCUAUUGAGCCCAAGAAGGUCAAAAGGUUUCCUCAUCACCGGCUAGCUCACCAGCCAGUAGACCUGAGGGAAGGUGUGGCCAAGGCCUACAGUGUUGUGAAAGAGGGAAUCACAGACACGGCCCAGACCAUUUAUGAAACAGCAGCUCGAGAACAUGAGAGCAGGGGCGUUACUGGUGCUGUGGGUGAAGUCCUGCGCCAGAUUCCCCCAGCAGUGGUGAAACCUCUGAUUGUUGCCACUGAAGCAACAUCAAACGUGUUGGGUGGCAUGAGAAACCAAAUUAGACCAGAUGUUCGGCAGGACGAAUCACAGAAAUGGCGCCGUGGGGAAGACUGGCAUUUCCAGCGGGACUCCUUGUGAAGAGAAUAAGGAUAGAAAUAAGGAGCACAGAGCCCCAGUGGCAGCCUCAGAGGGAACUCAUUUAUUUUAUCGUGCUCAUCUCAGGAACAAAAGCAUUUUUUAGUUAAAUAAUUUAAUGUCAAAACAACAUGCAACCAAAAAUUCAGACCUUUAGGAAUAGUUUGAUACUUGCCUGUAGAAGCGUUUGGUGGCUGGUGUCAAAGGUUGUUAAAGCAUUUGCUGCCAAUUUAGUGUAUUGCUUACUUUUAUUAAAAUGACUAUAAUUCUCCUUGUUAUAGACAGGAUAUCAUUGGAAGCCUUCUUUUACAGUAUAGAGUGCUCAAAAAGCACUGGAGCAUUCUAAAGCACUAUUUAUGUAGCUUUGGUGAGUUCAUUUUUCUCACAGUUUAAAAAGAAACACUUCAAAACUUUGGUUGAGAAUGAGAGAAGCCACAGGGGAUGCAAAGCAAAUAGGAUUCUUAAUAUAAUAUCAGUGUGAAAACAUAAGCUGCCCUGCUAGGUUAAGUGUUCAGCAUACUUGAGAUGUCAAGAGCAGCAUUCUUCCAUUUACUCAGAAGCUCUGUCAUUGGGGCCUGAAAAAAGUGAAGUCAUAUUCUGUCCUGUUGCACUUUAUCCUAUGUGUGUGUGUGUGUAUGUGUGUGUGAGCGUGUGUGUAGAUUAAUACAAGUCAUGUGCUGUAUUCUUUGUCAUUUACAAAGUUACACAAAACAAUGAAGAGUAGUAAACGUGUCUGAGAGCUUCUAGCAGAGGAAAGUGCCCAAGUACGGUAGCUUCCUCUAGGUGUAAGUGAAAAUGUGCUUCUGUAAUGAACUGGGCCCACAUAAUUGGUUAUAUGUUUAAUUUUAAGCAGGUAUAGUGCAAGCUUAUUAGGAAUGUGUGGAAGGGGAGAUUGGAAAUAGUUCUUACUCUUCGAAAAUUAAAUUUUAAAACCCUCAAAAAAAAAUAAGCCCUAGUGAACUAAUAAUUCAAAGUACCAUUUUUAUUUGGUUAACAGUGUACAUUUUGAUAACCCGUCAGGAAUGAAUAAAGUAUUUUCUAUUUAAAGAUAAAAUUGUUUUAUGCUUCAAUGAAUAUUUUGCUUUUCAUAGAGCAUAUUCAUAAAUGUAGUAUUUUGAUUUACCCCAAGAUAUUUGGAAGUACUUUUUUAGAAUCAGUUGUGGUUAAUAACAAGUAAAUGAUCCUCAAGGAGUGACAGAGGUCCCUGACUCUGGAGUAUUAUGAUAUAGCUUCUCAUUCCUAAAGUGUCUUAGGGAGUGCAGGGGAGUAUUGUUGAAGUGAAUUUGGAUUUUAGAAUUGUAUUUUCUUUUGGGAUGGAGGUCAGAAAAUGAAAUCAGAUUCUCUAAAUUUUCUAAACAGGAAGGCAAGGCAAACUAAAAAUCCACACACUUAGAAUUCAUAAAAGUGUUACAUAGCAUUUAAUUUUUUUCUUUUUUACUGCUGAAAAACAGUGCUCAGAGUAACUGCCUGUUUAAACAUCAUGGAACCAUUUGUAAUUAACUUAUCCCUGUUGAACAGUUCAGGUAGCAUGGCCCUGACCAACAUUAAGGUGGUGCCACUGUUUACAAUCAUGACAGCCCAGCUGUUGGGCUUCAUUCUGAGGCCCUGCUCGCUAUCUCUAGGGUUAGCUCUAAAAUGAACCAUGUUGUGUAUGCUACCUGAUCAGUCAAGCUGGAAAACACUGAUUAGACUUGUAAAAUCUUUAAUCUCUUAAUCCAUAGUUACACUUAAAUUCAAUUAAAUGUAGUAUGGGGAAAAUAAUUAUCCUCCUCUGCCUGGAGUUGCGAAUGGACCUUUCUUUUAACAGAUUAAGUUGAUAAAGCUCUUUAAUACAUAUGUCUUUUCGAUGGGUCUCUGCAAUACCUUCUGUCUCAAGUCCUGCCCCACUCUGGGUGGGAUCACACUGUCUGGUACAAAAACUGUGUCUCAGAUUCAGUGUCAAGGGUUUGCUCAUUGCCAGUUUACCAAGGUGCUCUUCACGGGAGCUGUUUGUAGAGGGCCUGUCUGUAUCUGAACACACAUUAUCUUCUGCUAAAGACUCUUCAGACUUCUGUGUUGUGAGGACACAGUGAAGGGUGUGGCAGGACCCUUGGGUUGCUGGAUCUGCAAGUCACCAAGCAGAUGACUUGGCCAACAACAACUUAGUCCUCACUUAGCCUCAGUUUUCCCCACUGAGUGAAGGUUUCUUUUGACAGAGCCCAGUGGGAAUUUUGGGAUGAUGAGGCUCUGUGUGCACCUGUGUGAGCGACAGCAUGUGCCACCUCACACUGGCAGGUGUCACUGAGUGGGAGCUAUGACUGGUCACAUCCCUGUGCAGCUGUGGGCUACUCCAUGCCUCAGGUUCUCAGUGGUAUGUUUUUGGAUUGUCACUUUGCCUGUGUGUUGAAUCAGGAUGUGACUCUUCUGACCAGAGUAGACUGUGUACUCUGUGGCCUGAGUCCUUGCAGGUCUCCCCAAGGAGUUCAGUAAGCAAGCUAGAUGAGGAUCUGCUGGGAGUGGCAAUGUCAGAUUUCCUUGGUGCUGUUGAGCUGACUUUGUGUCACAAAUAGGCAGCAAAGACUGUAGUGAUGUAUUUCUCUUGAAAUGACCAUUUUUACCUUCCUGUAUGUCCCCAUGUUGCUAUUAUUUACAAGUACAGCAUCCAUUGAACUUUUUUUUUGCACCAAAAUUUGGACCCAGGAGCACUUAACCACUGAACCACAUCCCCUGCCUUUUGUUUUAUUGAGACAGAGCCUUGCUAAAUUGCCCAGUCUGACUCUGAACCUGCGAUCCUCCUGCCUUACCAUCCCCUGGGAUUACAGAAGUGCACCACCAUGCCCAUCUGAACACUGGCCUUUGAGAACAGAUGAAACAGUGUUUCUUUCUCUCAGAUACCAUAACAGUAGACUUUUGGGGGGGGGGUACUGGGGAUUGAACUCAGGGGUACUCCAUCACGGAGCCACAUCUCCAGCUGUAUUUUUAUAUAUAUUUUAUUUAGAGACAGGGUUUCACUGAGUUGCUUAGUGCCUCGCUUUGGCUGAGACUGCCUUUGAACAUGAGAUUCCCCCUGCCUCAGCCUCCCGAGCUCCUGGGUAGACUUUCAUUUUAAUGAAGUUUGGGUACAAUAUGGAUUCCUGCUUAGAGUAAGUAUCUUUGACAUUGGUGUUUUUAUAUGCAAAAGUCACUUUAAGAAGAAAAAUCUUUCCAAGGACAUGUGCCUAAGAUGACAGAAUAGUAAAAGCCAGUGUUUCCUGUCCCCUGCAACGUGCCACUAUUAAGUGCUGUUGCAGUAUUUCCAACCUUCAGGGAAUUGCUUUUGAACCUCAGAAGCCCUUUGACAUGGGUCCUUAGUACCUGUGUUCUAACCAAUGGGAAGAGUUGAAUUUUAAAUGCAGAAUCUACAUUUUCACUAAAUGGUUCCAGGAUUAACUAUUAAUUCUCUUAACAUUAAUGUAAGUUUUGUAUGUGUAAAAAGCUGGGGCUGGGAAUGUGGCACGGUGGCAGAGUGCUUGCCUCGAGUGAGCCCUGGGUUCAAUCCCCAGCCUCUGGGGGAUUAAAAAAAGAAAAAAGCCACAGGAGAAACGCUCAACUUUGCUUCCAUUUUCUUAGGCCUGUGUGGAGUGAAUUCCUGAGGUUCUGGGUAAUGUGCUGAGCCGUGGGGUGCACGUCUUUCCUGCUCCCUUUACAGCCUCUCACCUCACUUGCAGCAGUAGAGAGAAGAGCUGAUGUUUUAAGUCCCUUGAAAAUAAGGGACUGUGUGAACACUCACUUUGGAUCUGCAAAUGCAUCAGCUGGACAUAGCAAUUGGUAUAAAAUGAACAUUCAAGACUUAACAGGAAAAUUAUUUAGUAUAUAGAUAAUAAAGGAAAUAAAAGGAUUCUUUGUUUUCAUUACCAGGAAGUCUUGUUUUGGUUUGCUGGAAGGUAUAAUCACUCUUCAUAUAAGAAUAAUGUGCUGGGCAUGCACACCAGUAAUCCCAGUGGCUUGGGAGGUUGAGUUAGGAGGAUCUCAAGUUCAAGCCAUCUUCAGCAACAGAUCUUGUCUCAAAAGGACUGGGGAUGUGGCUCCGUGGUUAAGUGCCCCUGGGUUCAGUCCCUGGUACCAGAACAAACAAGUAGUGCUUAGCGUGCUUUCAUCUCAGUAGUUAAGAUUGGCACGGGGCCUGCUUCUCCCUGGAAUGAUGUGAUGUGCAGUUGCAAGACAGCUACUGCUGGUCAGAAAUUAUUUUCCUUUUGUCAUACUGUCAGCAUAUUGAAGACAGAAAAAGCAUUCCUAUAAAAUGCCACAGUAGGUCUAUUUUGUGAUGAGAAAUUUGAGUGUCAGUUCACAUUUUGCAUGUUGGCAGUUUAUCAGCGAAGGAGUUAGAGGUGUGUUACAGCCUCUGAGAGCCACGCUGGCUUCCUAGUGAGCACCAGAGUGCUGCCGUGUCCAGAGCUGGCAAGUGUGUGACUCUGGCUCUGUGUCACUUGUGCCUGGGCGGUCAGAAUAGCAGCCCCCCGGCAUGUUCACUGUGCUGUCUGAACUGCAUUGUGUGGAGAGGGGCUCCUGAUUUCUGGUAGGAUUUGCCUUGCGCUCUGUAUAACCUGCUGGUCACCCAGGAACAUAUGUCUUUUUAAGGAGAAAUUUGGAAGAGGUACCAAAUUCAGCUUUUAUGUAGAUCCAGCCUGACUUAUUUUAGAUACUGAAUUAUCUUGCCACAACUAUGAGAACGUUUGUGUAGAUGUUUACCAUCUUUGCUAAUUUUCCUAAUUAUCCUAAUUAUGUUAAUUAUGAUGUGAAUACUUAAAGAAUACUGAUACUGUACAAGUAUUUUUGUGGAAAUGUAUCUUGUUAGUGUGAUUAUUUAAAAUAUUAUGAAAUCAAGAAUAUUCAAAAAUUAAAAUAUUUACUCUUUGGA